AUGGCUAUCGAACAUCUCUCACCCAACAAAGUCUCCGAUAUACUCUCGGUCGCCACGCCGACCCUCAUGGGACUGCCCAACGAGUUACUUCUCAGAAUCGUUGAGUUCCUCGGCCCACCCGAUCUUUCGUGCUGCGACCCCGGCUGGCUGGUAGUCCCUGCAAUCUGUCGUCGUUUCAAGGAAGUAGCGGGCAAGAUACGUUCGUGGGAGUCUGGAAGCGUUAAUGGUCCCAACGGCGCGCGAGCAAAGUAUGGGUGGAAUACCUUCUCGCCAGACGGGAAGAGGAGGAUGGGCAUGCCACCUGGGACGCCUGAUAAAGGCUUCUGGAUGGAUGACGAAGAGAAUAAUAUGUCUUUGGGUUGUCAUCCAUCGUACAAGGGCGGUGGCGUGGAGUACUUCAAUGCUUCACUCAGUGUUUCAUCUAGAUCUGGCAGAUCCCACAAAGACGCAGUGCCCAAGCUUAAUCGUUAUUUCCACGGCUCCGCAGCCCACGUCCUCCCUCGCCUAAACUUGUCGUGGCUGAACAGCAUUCGCAUAUCGGUGCAUCAUGACCAAGAGUCUGCCACCCAUUCAGGCUUUUCGUCUGCAGACGUCCCAUGCAUCGUCGCUCCCGCGCUGGAAGAGCUAUACCUUCAAGACUAUAUCAUUGACUGGCGCUGCACCGGCCUGAAGAAGCUUCGCAUCGGACUGAUAGGGGUUUCAGGCUAUCGCUACCCUCCCUCGCAACUCCUGCGGCGUCUACACGAUUCACGGUGUACACUCGAAGAAGUUUGGCUUGCCGACUGUCUCUCCCCAAUGCCCAACGAUGAUCAAGAUGCAGCACGCGUGCCUGUGCACAACUGUCCCCGACUGCGAGACUUUCUUGUCCAUGACGGUCCCCGCGAAGCAGGCUGGCUUUGUUCACGCGUCAGCCUCCCGCCUGGCCGAUGGCCCUCGAUCUCUGGUGGGUCGGGAGCGGACCUUGCGUACCUCCGAUCCCUCGCGGGCGAGUACAGGCGCUCGGCCGCCGAUCCUGAUUCAGACGGUCCUGGCUUUCGUGGCGAGCCAAAUGCUCUUACUAUCCGCGCUCCUGACGAGUACGACGAGUACGGCUGCUAUGUCACUGCCAGCAAGAUUCCUGGCGUAGUCGAGGGGCCCGAUAUGAGUCUGGAGUUGUACGCAAAACGUUGCAUCGCGCGUUAUAUAGACUACGACCGCGAGCAAGCCGUGAGAGAGCUCGAUGGAAUGGUCCCCGGUAUCAACCCCGUCUUCGUAACCCAACUCGACUGGUCCUCCGCCGCGCGGAGCAUGCAAGAAGGCGAUGACCGUGGCACGCAACACUCAGGGCUGGAGGGGAUUGAGCACCUAUUCUUCGACGGCCUGGGAUGGCGGCUUGUUGGAGGGGACGCUCCGGACCGUGGGGUCAAAGUCUGGACUGAAGUCCUUCGCCAACUGCCAAGUGUGCGAUCCCUCUACAUCUACGACCCGUGUCCUGCUGCACUCGCUCCGCUUAUCAACGAGCCCGAUCUACUCCCCAACCUCGAGACGCUCUGGAUAGGACGCGAUACGGACAUAAAGGGUGAUGGCGAUCUGGCGAUGCGCAUGCCGGAGGAUGACUGCUACGGUUCUGAGGACGGCUACAGUUCGGACUUCGACCAUGAAGAUGAAGUAGUGAAGCGUCAAAUCGCCGCUUCAGACGACGAUGCUGCUUCACUGGAAGAUGGAGAAAUCCCGGAUGACGAGCACGUCUCCGGACCCGGCGGGGAUGCGAAGCCGGACGUCGGUUCAGGCCGUGUCGACGACUCCAAGGACAACGGGACCAGCGGAGAUGGGGCUUCGAAGCCCGACGGAUCAAUCCCGAAAGCGCGCACCUCACCGAAGUGGUUCUGCAAGAUUGACGCCGAGGGUUUGCUGAAGAUUGCCAGGGACCGCGACCUCAGAUGUACGCUUGAGAAUGUCGAGAUUGUGUCGGAUGAUCCACGGGCGCUGGAGAAGGCUUUGAGCAUGUUUGGGGAAAACGGACCUUAA